AUGACUAGCUUGCUAACAAUCGACAGCCUCCUCACAGCUGAUGGUAUAUCCGUCGCGACGGAGACACCCGAUGUUCGUCGCCGUAACCAGACCACAGAUUUUGGGCACCAUUAUGCUACGUCAAUCAGAACUAGCGGUGGAAAACCAAGUUCCCGGGACGAUCGGCAGUUCCAAAAAACGCUGCAGUUGACCAUUGGAAGUCUCACUCGUAAAAAUCUCUAUAUUUUGGUGGAAAAGGGCCAGUCCAAGAUUUUCCGAUUUGACAAGAGCAUUGAAUUAGUGCCGAUUACAUUCCCGACUACUCAUCAGAUGAAGGUGUCGUUCAAAAAACUACUUCGCGUGAUGCGUCCGAGUGUAGCUUUCAUGGAUUCGUCUCCAUCCACUUUCUACCGACUUCUGGAAGAAUCCGAGUGGUUUCACAUUGUACGUGUAUAA